GCAAAUUCGCAAAACCGGAAAUGCUUUGGAACUUGCUAUCCUGCUGACUGCUAUUAGUGGUAGUCAGACACAUUCAUUUUAAAAUAUCUAGAUUACUUUGCGAAUUUCAAUAUUUUUAGGAUGAUAGUGGCGUCUCGUUCUGAAUGCUGUACGGAAAACGUCACAGAACGGCCUGAAAGCACUGAGCUGAAAGAUCAACCGUCAACUCCGAGGGGAGAUGUCUUGUCAGCUAGCACUAGAGUCGGUGCUUUCAGAAGUGAUCGAAGUUCUGAAAGCAUCAGAACUUUCAUCAGGACUCCCAACGCAGGAUUGAAAAGAGUCAACUCCAACUUUAAAUCACCUCUUCAGAGCCUUAAUGCCCCGGGCAGCAGUACUUCAGCCGACCCCCAGGCAGAGAUAGACCACCUGAGGAGGAGACGGGCAGAUCUAGACACAGAGAUUGCUCUGCUGGAGAAAGAUGGUUUAAAAGUGGAUGAGCUGGAGCAGCACAUUCACCUUCUCCAUGAGUAUAACGACAUCAAAGACAUCGGACAAAGUCUGUUGGGUAAGAUAGCCUCCCUAAGAGGAGUGACCACAGGAGACUUGUACAGCCACUUUGGCCUGGAGUUGGAGGACUGAGAUCCUCCUUGAAUACAGCUCCUCCCAUCACAGACCGAGAGGCUGGAAAGAAUAUCAAAGGACUGGAUCUAGAUAACCUUGCUUGAACCCAUCAGACAUACUGGAGAGCCGGGUGUGUAGGGGCUAGGGAACUGCUCUGGGCAGACACCUGAGCUGGACUACUGGCUCUGGUGCAUGGGAGUCAACCCGGGGCCACCCUAUCCUCCAGGGUGGCCUGGUCACUGGAGUCGUGGGUAGCCUGUUCUUACUGAAUCAGACUCAAUUGUUCUCAUAUUAGUGCUGGUGUUAAAAUGUUGAUGAGUUCAGAUCUGACUAUCUUUUGGAUUACACCACAGCUGGGCCUGGAGAACUGGGCCUGGGACAGCACGUAGCUGGAUUGGUCAGGCUCCUAAUGUGUUAUGUUCCGCUAGCAACUUGUUGAAGGAUAUACUUUACACUGGAUGGUAGUUGCCUGUAAAUGUCAAAAUAAAGUUUUGUUUAAUU